CGGGGCCGGGGCCGGGGCCGGGGCCGGGGCCGGGGCCGGGGCCGCGACGGACCGGACCGGACCGGACCGGGCUGGAGGUGAAAAACAGGGUCUCCCUCCUGGUUCUGGGUGACUGAAGGGCAACACUGUUCUGCACAGGCGGCAGGACUUACCGUGAGAGCUGCUGUGAGGUUGCCGUGGGCUCUUCCAGGAACAAGGAAAUCGGUGAUAACCCUUCGACUCUGCUCGGUAAGCAAGAUGCCUCUUUCUUUUUCCAUCGCUUAGCGAUGAGGAGGAGCGUGGAGGAAGAGAGGCCGUGCCCAGGGGCGCCGCUCUGAUCCCGCCGCUCUGCCGGGCGGGCGGCCGGAGCGCUGCCCGCGGGGGCCGGCGGUCCCAGCCGCCAUGCUGCGCCUGGACGGGCUCUCGAGAGCAGCCGCCUCCUCCCCGGCCGCCGGCCGGCCCCGCGCCGACAUGGAGGAGCACUACCAGCCCUGCCUGGAUGGGAUUGACUAUGAUGACUUCAAUUUCGGCUCCCACAUGAUGGAGCAGAAGGAGCCUCUGAUGGAGACGACGGAAGGUCCCUACCUCGUUAUCAUUGAGCAGCCAAAGCAGCGUGGUUUCCGAUUUCGGUACGGCUGCGAAGGUCCCUCGCAUGGGGGCCUGCCGGGAGCAUCCAGCGAAAAGGGACGCAAGACGUAUCCCACUGUGAAGAUCUGCAACUACGCAGGGAUGGCCCGGAUCGAGGUGGACCUGGUGACCCACAGCGACCCUCCGCGGGUGCAUGCCCACAGCUUGGUGGGCAAGCAGUGCAAUGAGGCUGGGAACUGCGUUAUGACUGUGGGACCCAAGGACAUGACUGCUCAGUUCAACAACCUUGGUGUGCUCCAUGUCACCAAGAAGAACAUGAUGGAGAUCAUGAAGGAAAAAUUGAAGCAGCAGAAGAUGCGCAAUAGGAGUCAUCUGCUGACGGAAGCUGAGCUGCGUGAGAUUGAGCUGGAGGCGAAGGAGCUGAAGAAGGUGAUGGACCUGAGCAUUGUGCGGUUGCGCUUCACCGCCUACCUUCGCGACAGCAGUGGGAACUUCACGCUGGCCCUCCAGCCUGUCAUCUCAGACCCCAUCCAUGACAGCAAGUCCCCAGGAGCUUCCAACCUGAAGAUUUCACGGAUGGAUAAGACCGCAGGCUCAGUGCGGGGAGGAGACGAAGUCUACUUGCUGUGUGAUAAAGUUCAGAAAGAUGACAUUGAGGUGCGUUUCUAUGAGGAUGACGAGAAUGGCUGGCAAGCCUUUGGGGACUUCUCCCCCACGGACGUGCAUAAGCAGUAUGCCAUUGUCUUCCGCACACCCCCGUACCACAAGCCCAAGAUUGACCGCCCCGUCACAGUCUUCCUACAGCUGAAGCGGAAGCGAGGGGGUGAUGUGAGUGACUCCAAACAGUUCACCUACUACCCUGUGGUGGAAGAUAAGGAGGAAGUGGAGAGGAAACGCAAGAAAGUCCUGCCCCAGUUUCCCCAGCACUUUGGUGGGGGCUCACACAUGGGGGGCGCUGGCGGGGGUGCUGGGGGCUUUGGCUCUGGCGGAGGCGGGAACCUCAGCUACCCUUACUCACCUGGGCUGGCAUACAAUAACAUCUACUCGUCUGGCCCGCACCCUGUCGGGGGCUACCAGGGCGGCGUGCAGAUGAAGGCUCCCGGUACGGACGGGGACAGGGGCGACAGGCAGGUGCCCACGGAGAGCACGUACUGCCAGGAGCUGCAGAAACAUGCCCAGAUCUGUCACCUGUGGAUGCUGGCACUUGCCCGUCGCAAUGCCCAUGCCCUGCUCGACUACUCUGUCACUGCUGACCCCCGCAUGCUGCUGGCAGUCCAGAGGCACCUGGCUGCCUCGCAGGAUGAGAAUGGAGACACGCCUUUGCACCUCGCUAUUAUCCACGAGCAAACAGCUGUCAUCAAGCAGCUGAUUGAGGUUGUUGUUAGCAUCCCCAACCAGCAGAUCAUCAAUGUGACCAACAACCUGCAGCAGACACCACUGCACCUGGCAGUCAUCACCAAGCAGCCUCAGGUGGUCCAGCUCCUGCUGCAAGCCCAUGCUGACCCCACCUUGCUGGACCGCUAUGGCAAUUCCCUGCUGCACCUGGCACUUCAGGCUGGCGAUGAAGAGAUGCUGAGGACACUGCUGGCCCAUCUGGGCUCUGCUGCCCCUUAUCUGCUCCGUCUGCCUAAUUUCCAUGGCCUCCUACCUGUGCACCUGGCUGUGAAAGCAAAGAGUUUGGCCUGCCUGGACCUGCUUGUCAGGAAGGGAGCGGACAUCAAUGCUGUGGAGAGGCAGGGUGGGCGGACCCCGCUGCACCUGGCUGUGGAGAUGGAGAACUUGAACAUGGCCACCCACCUGGUGAAGAAGCUAGGAGCAGAUGUGAACAGCCGGACCUUUGCUGGGAACACCCCCCUGCACCUGGCAGCCGGCCUGGGCUCCCCGACCCUCACCAAGCUGCUCCUCAGAGCGGCAGGGGCGGACGUGUGGUGUGAGAAUGACGAGCCAGUGAGCCCGUCAUCGUCGGAAGCGAGCAGUGACACAGAUACCGACCCUGAGGAGCAGGAGCUGGGGAUGGAGCUGGAGGAGCCAACCUCCAGAGCAGAGCGCAGCUCGGACCCCAAUCCCGCUGCUGAACGGGCACGUGGGGAGGCAAGGCCCGGGCAGCGCCGGUGCCACACACCCUUGGACCUCACUCGGAGCCAGAAGGUGCGGGAGAUCUUGCUGCAGGCCUCACAGCAGAGCCCCGAGUGCGAGCUACCUGCUGCCCCCCGGCCAGGGAACGUCCUGUCCCUAGACAGUGAAAUGCUCCAGGGCUUGGAGCAGUUGUUAAACCAGGACUGCAGUGGUUCAGACUGGACCGAACUGGCCAAGAGACUGGGGUUGUGCAGCUUGGUGGAGACCUACAAGGACACACCUUCCCCCAGCAUCAGCCUUCUGCGCAGUUAUGAGCUUGCAGGUGGCAGCCUGGGCGGGCUGCUGGAGGCACUGGACUCCAUGGGGCUCAGCAAGGUCGUGAGGAUGCUGCGCAAAACGGAGACGCUGGAGAAGCUGCAAAGCACAGAAAUCAAGGAAGACAGUGCCUAUGGGAGCCAGUCGGUGGAAGAGGAGCAGCCCCCCGCCCUGGCCCUGAAGCCGUGCCCGGCGCCCACAGCCGAGCUGCCGCACAGCCAGCAGCAGCAGGUGCACUGAGCUGCCCGGGAGCCUGGCAGAGACUCACCAUCUGGGGCAUAGGGUGCCUGUGGGGGCCCUGCAGCUUCUAUGCAAGUGCCUUCUGGACUUGGGGCUUCCCUGCAGCCUGCUGCCCGGCUGCCUGGACUCUGGGGGGUCAGGAUGCAGCCCACUAGGCUGCUUUUGGCCCUGGGCUCUGGCCCCACUCUGCUCUUAUUUAAUGGUCCCUCCUCUGGUGAAUAAAGGGGGACAGUUCCCACUAACAUUUGCUGUCCAUGUCUCUGGCCUCUGCCUUGAUGGGGCAAGGCUUGAGGCAGGGCACUAAUCAAGCAGUACCAAACGGUGCCUGUGUUUCCCCUGUUGUGUGGGGCCCUGCUCUUUAGCAGAAAUACGGCCACCACUGCCCUCCUCAGCAGCCCAUGGUGCUUGGGGUGACAGCUGGGGCCCAGGGCUGUGCUCAGCCCAAGCUUUCUUCUGGGGUAUGGUUGGGAGAAGCCACAGCUCACACAAGAACUGAAGAGCACGUUUUUACUUCAGUAACCAACAGAAGAAGCUGUACAAAGUUGUUUUUUUUUUUCUCUCUUUUUCCCUGCCCCAAGCCACCUGAGGCAAGGGUGGGUUUCUUCUCCCCCCCCUUUUUUUUUGCAAUAGACUCAGAAGAGCAGAAUAAAAAGUUUGACACAUUCACAAA